AUGCUUGGAGUGGACGUGUACCCCGGUUUAGCUUUGGGCCCUCAGAGGAUUGGAGACCGCUUCUAUAGAGAUCGGGAGCCCGCCGCCCACAUGGCGCUGUUCCCGUCGACGUGUGACCGGGUGUCCAAACCCCCGCCGCCCGCGAGGCUUUUGGCGCCCCCGCCUGUCCUCCACGGCGAGCCGACGGCCCAAGCGCAAAAAGACGACGUGAAGAUGGACCUGGAGAACUCGUCCCUUUGGAAGCAGUUCAGCUCAGUGGGAACAGAGAUGAUCAUCACCAAAAAGGGAAGACGAAUGUUUCCGGGUAUGAAGUUGAAGGUGUCGGGCCUGAACCCAUCUCUACGCUACAUCCUCCUCCUGGACAUCAUCCCAAUGGACAACUCCCGCUAUCGCUUCCAAGGAGGUGGAUGGCAGGCGGUGGGCGGGGCUGAAGACAGGCUGCCGGACCGCGUCUUCAUCCACCCGGAUUCCCCCGCCACUGGAGCUCACUGGCAGAGCCGCACCGUUUCCUUUCACUAUGCCAAGCUCACCAACAACACACUGGACACGCAUGGGCAUAUCAUCCUCCACUCACUUCAUCGCUACCAGCCAAGAGUGCACGUGAUCGAGGCCCGGGACAUGCUGAGUUGGGGCGGAGGGCAGCACUCCUUUGUCUUCCCCGAGACCCAGUUUAUCACAGUCACUGCCUACCAGAACAGCAAGAUUACAGAGUUGAAGAUCAGCUCCAACCCUUUUGCCAAAGGAUUCCGGGAGGAAGGCAUGAAUAGCAAAAAACAAAGAGAUGCGAGACAGAAGCGGAAAUUAGCAGACAUGUCGGAAAGUGUGCCGAUAGGGAACUGCGAUCCAUGUGACUCCACUCAGCACCAUCCCAACAUAACCGGAGCAGACCUGCAGGCCCUCGCGUUGGCCUCUCUGCCCGCCGACCCCUCGUGUAGGUUCCAGGACACCCUCGUCCCGGAACAGCCUCUGGACCUCGACGAGGCCUUCAUGACCUCCCAGAUUCCAGACAUAAGCGAGGUCACAAAUACUAUAAUUGAAAGUUCUGACUCCCUGAGUGAGGCAGCCUUCACCACAUCCUUCCAGGCAACCCAGACCAGCUCACCCUCUUUUGUUCCUCUCCCUCAGCCCUCCCCCUUCCCGUCCGACCCAUCCGAACCUCCCGGUGACUACCCCGCCGUCCUCUCCUCCUCCCCCACCCUUUCCUCCACCACCUCGCCGUCUUUGCAGCAGACAGCCUUCACCUUCCCCACCCCACCGUCAUCCUCCUCUUCACCCUCCUAUCAAGCCAACCCGGAGCUCGACACCUCUUUUCCUCCGUGUCAAUCUCAGGAGCAAAUGUCCCUUCUCAUGCAACAAGAUGACAACAUUUCCACCGGCCGCAAUUCACCCGCUAAGCAAACUUCGGAAGCCUUCAUUUAUCCGACUAAUCUCACUUCAAUUCCUGAGCCCCAGCCCGCUCUGGGUGCCCCCCCGGCACCCUUUGCUUUCCCAGCCCCCAUGCAGAACCUGUCCUUCCCAAGUCAGGCUCUUCACCUCUCCAAUCUGGCCCAGCAAAAUCAAGCCGCGAGUUUUUCCGCCACCUUCCCCCACCACUCAUCUUCCUCCCUGCCUUUCCAAACCUCCUCUUGCUUCCCCUCCACGCCUCACCCUCAAAACCUAAACAACAUGGCCCCCUCGUACCCCUCGGUGGAGCUGGGUGGAAUCCCCCAGUUCUCCCCUGCCGGCCCCUACCGCUCGGACGUGAUGCUGCACCACCCCUCCCUGCUCCAGCAGCGGGAGCCACCCCUCCCCAUCCCUCCCGCUACCCCAAGCAUCUACCCACCCUUUACCUCCUACCCGCUCCGGCUCCACCAAGACCCUCACCCAUCUCUCAGCAUCCCUCUCCGACCACUAUAUAGACAUCAGCAUCCCCACACCCAAGGGUCCUUCUUGGAUGUGAACACCGGGGCUGUGUUCUAAAACAAAAAGGACAUUUUGAUGGUGAAUUGUUUUUGGCUUGAUGGCUCUUUUCGGCAUAAUAAUAAUGUAAUAGAUUUGAUGCAUUGUGAUGUAGAAAAAUGAUUUGUAAAUAGUACUUUGGAUGAAAUAGCCAUUGCAGAACAUGGAAUUAAAAAUAU